UUCAGCUAUUUUUUCUUCACCUACUUGGGAAAAUCAAAAAGGUUUAAGAUGAGCAUCACUGACAUCCUCAGCCCUUCUGAUAUUGCUGCUGCCCUGAGGGACUGCCAAGCCCCCGAUUCCUUCAGCCACAAAAAAUUCUUUCAGAUCAGCGGAAUGUCCAAAAAGAGCAGCAGUCAGAUCAAGGAUAUCUUCCGGCUCUUAGACAAUGAUCAAAGCGGCUUUAUCGAGGAAGAUGAGCUCAAGUAUUUCCUCCAGCGGUUUGAGUGCGGAGCCAGAGUAUUAACUGCUUCAGAAACCAAGACUUUUUUGGCAGCUGCAGAUCAUGAUGGGGAUGGCAAAAUUGGGGUUGAAGAAUUCCAGGAAAUGGUGCACUCCUGAAGGACUGAAGGCAACAGAGAAAGAAACAGAAAGGGGAGGGGGGAUGAAUCUGCAGGAGAUGAUACUCUAAAACUCUGUAAAUCAGGGAGUCCCCUUGUUUAUUUAUUAAUCUUCACAGUGUCUGUUAUUUGUUUGCUGCUCUAGUGAGGUACCAAAGCACCAGUUAAUAUUGAUUUUUGAUAAUGUGGACCAUCUUACCAUGUUCUAGGAAUACAUUUCAGCAGACACUGCCCUUAAAAUUAACCAAUAAAAAUAAAUUUCUCAUCACAUGCUGUUGCCUGUG